GCCAUAUUAAAGUUUGUGACAUGGCAUAUGGUCUACAGACUACUUCGUAACUGUAACAUCUGUUGAACUAAAAAAUACAUAUCAUUACACAUGUAAUUGGAAACAUGAUGUAUUACCACUAUGGCAGAUAACACAUACAAUAUAAGGAGUCGGAAACAGAAAAUGGUUCCACAUAUAACCCAUCCGAUGACAGAAGAAAAUAGUGUCGAGUUGUCAACAAACUUAGCUCAGUCCGACACCGCCCCCUCUAAAGAAGAUAACAGUAAAAAGCCCAAUAAGUCGAAGAAUGGACGUGGGGCUCUUAAAAAAUCAGAAACGUUUAGGAAUGGAAAUCCAAAUCAAAUUCCUGUGAAAGAUUACUUACAUUGGAGUGCUAAAAAACAGAGGAAUAAAGAUGAUCAACAACGGCCUUUAUUAGCAGACGACGAUUCAGAUGGGUCGAGUGAAAAUGAAAUCACAGAACACACCGAGGAAGAAAUUCAUGGGACAGAAGAUUCAUUGAUUGUCAAACAAGAUGAAAGUGCCUUGAGUAUAACUCUACAAGUAUCCCUUCCAUUUAUUAUUGCUGGCUUUGGUACAGUUGGUGCUGGAAUGGUUUUAGAUAUUGUUCAACAUUGGAGAGUUUUUAAAGAAGUUUCAGAAGUGUUCAUACUUGUACCUGCUUUACUUGGACUAAAAGGAAAUUUAGAAAUGACUCUCGCUUCAAGACUUUCAACACAAGCCAACCUAGGUAAUAUGGAUACAAGAAAAGAACAGUGGAAAAUGAUAGGAGGAAACAUGGCCCUUGUUCAAGCGCAGGCAAUAGUUGUCGGAUUUUUAGCAUCUCUUGUAGCAAUGGUAAUGGGUUGGAUUCCUGAUGGACACUUUGAUAUUCAUCAUGGACUACUCUUAUGUGCAAGCAGUAUAUUUACAGCCUCCAUAGCAAGUUUAGCGUUGGGAUCUGUAAUGGUGCUAGUUGUUUUGCUGUCAAAAAAGUGCAAUAUCAACCCUGAUAAUGUUGCGACACCAAUAGCGGCUAGUCUUGGUGAUCUUAUUACCUUAUCACUACUCUCAUGGGUUAGCGUUUUACUGUAUAAAUCACUGGGUAAAGAAGUAUGGUUAGCACCUCUUAUCAUUGUCAUAUUUUUACUUCUAACACCAUUAUGGGUGUACAUUUCAGUCAAAAAUAAAUAUGUGAAUGAUGUGAUAUAUUCCGGUUGGGUUCCUGUUUUGUCAGCUAUGGUGAUCAGUAGUGUUGGUGGUCUUAUAUUAGAUUUUACAGUAGCAAACUAUCAUGGAAUUGCAGUUUUCCAGCCAGUAAUUAAUGGUGUAGGAGGUAAUUUGGUUGCUGUUCAAGCCAGUAGAAUUUCAACCUUCCUACAUCAGAAUAGUGUGCCUGGUGUUCUUCCUGGUGGACAUACAAAAGCGUGUAUAAAUCCAAUAAAAGUGUUCUUUGGAAAAUCUUGCAAUGCUCGAGCAGCACGGGUUCUUAUAUGUCUUGUCAUUCCUGGACAACUUUUGUUUAUUUAUACAAUAUCUUAUAUGAAAGCUGGUCAUACAUCUAUCACACUUAUAUUUAAUGUUACCUAUCUUUCUGCUGCUCUGUUACAAGUUGCUAUUUUAUUAUUUAUUGCGGACUGGAUGGUGCAUUACACAUGGUUGAAAGGAGAGGAUCCUGAUAAUGUGGCCAUCCCGUAUUUAACAGCUAUUGGAGAUUUAUUGGGAACAGGAUUCUUAGCACUGGCUUUCUGUUUCCUGUAUUAUAUAGGAGAUCGUGAUGCUGAUGUUGGAGAAUAAAUUAUUAAUUAUGUGAUUGAAUCAUUGAUCAUAUUUUGUGCUAAAUUCAAGUCAAACAUCUGUCCAAACAAUUUUAAUAAUUAUUUUAUCAAUAAGAUGUAUAUAUUGUAUAUGUAUUUACAUAAUUAUUAAAUAAUAAGUAAAAUCUCAAAAUACAUUUGAAAAUUUUAUUUGUAUACCGAUAUAUAAAGAAUUUUUUUAGUUACCAUUAUGUUAAAUUAG